AGUUUUCAUCAAAUGUUAGAAUAGGCCCCUUUGGCACUUGUGAUUACCAUGGUAGCUUGAGCUAUGCCGUCAAAUCGCUGUAACCUAUCUCUUGCUUUUACUCGCUUUCCAGUCUCUAUGACACUCUUUGCACAUAUGUAGAAGUUGAUCUCAGUUAAGACUACAAGGUCACACAGGCUAUGCUAGGGGGCGAUCCCUAGCUGGAGGGCGGCCCAGAGUAGUAUAAGAAUAGGAACCUUGGAGGUUUCUCCGCAAUCUCGCAGGGAAGGCUCCACAGCUGUGUAUCAAUCUUUCUGGCAUACAUUAAAUAGUUAAACUGAGAAGGCUGCCGCCGGGUAAUUACUGUUAGCAUAGCAUUAAAGAUAAAGAACUGGGACCAUUUCUGACAGAACGUUCAACCAAUGGAUAGUCAUUUACUGAAUAGAAUAGGAGAAGUUGAAUUAAGAUGUGUCUGUAACGAAAUUACAUCAUGAAAAUCUGGGCGCUCAUGCAGCCUUAAGUGACAGCUCGAGCGCCCAAUGGCGAGGCUCAGAUUGGCCCUAGUCCUGUCGGGGGCGUGCCCAGUAGAUUACAGCCGCCGCAGAUCUCAUCACAACACGUCACACGCCAUCAGAACCAUUUGGACCAUCGACUCUUGUUGCCGGAUACCCUUCUAAAACUGGAACCCGGCCGGACUUGUUUCUGGGGCUGCGACGGCCGCGAUCAUGGUUCGAACGGAACAAGCGUUCGAGUAUUUAUAAACCCGAUGGAGGCCGCGCAGGUUUCGGAUUCAGGUGUCGGACUGGAGUAAAAAAAAAAAACACGAAGAGGGAAAAAAGUCAUUUGGAUUUGGGAGGGGGCGCGUGAUCGGAGCCAGACGCAGCGUCAAGAUGCCGACGUCCCGGCCCGGUUCAGAAGCAAUGCCAGCGGACUUCUGGGUGGACGGCUCGCGCAGGGACGGGACGGUGGAGGAGUUCUACCUACUCGGCUCCGAAUUGGGCAGAGGCGCCACAUCUGUGGUGUAUCGCUGCGAAGAGAAAGAGAAGAAGAAGUCGUACGCCGUCAAAGUUCUCAAGAAGACGAUCGACAAGAAGAUCGUCCGCACGGAGAUCGGUGUCCUGCUGCGUCUUUCGCACCCCAACAUCAUCCAGCUGAAGGAGAUCUUCGAGACAGACACGGACAUCGCUCUGAUUCUGGAGCUGGUGACGGGAGGCGAGCUUUUUGACAGGAUUGUGGAGCGCGGCUACUACAGCGAGCGAGACGCUGCCCACGUCAUCAAACAGAUCCUGGAGGCCGUGGCGUACCUGCAUGAGAAUGGCGUGGUGCAUCGCGACCUCAAACCGGAGAACUUGCUCUAUGCCAACCUCUCGCUCCACGCGCCGCUCAAGAUUGCGGACUUUGGUCUUUCCAAAAUAAUCGAUGAGAGGGUGACCAUGAAGACUGUGUGCGGCACGCCCGGAUACUGUGCUCCUGAGAUUCUUCGAGGAAACGCUUAUGGACCAGAAGUGGACAUGUGGUCAGUAGGCGUCAUCCUCUACAUCCUGCUGUGCGGGUUCGAGCCCUUCUUCGACGCACGAGGGGACCAGUACAUGUACACGCGCAUUCUCAACUGCGACUACGAGUUUGUCUCCCCUUGGUGGGACGACGUCUCGCUCAACGCCAAGGACCUGGUGAGCAAGCUGAUUGUGUUGGACCCGGGCAAGCGCCUGAGCGUGCACCAGGCCCUGGAACACCCGUGGGUUCUGGGCAAGGCGGCGCGCUUCUCACACAUGGACACGGCGCACAGGAAGCUGCAAGAGUUCAACGCCAGACGCAAGCUGAAGGCGGCCAUGAAGGCGGUGGUGGCGACCGGUCGGAUGCACGAGUCAUCUCGCCGCCGCACCGACAGCUGCGAGAUUCCCGCCACGCAGAGCAGUGUGGGGCAGGACCCGCCCCUCGAGUCGGCCACCCCUGGCCCCAAAAAGGCCGCGCUCUCGGAGAAACAAAGGGAACAAAGUAGCCCUGUCCUUUCUCGCAAGCAGGACGGCGCGCCCGCCCCGACUAGGCCGCCGCUCCGGGCCGACGCCCAGCGGCAGGCCAGAUCGGCGGUGGCCCCGCCCAGGCCGCCCAAGAAGAGCUACUCAGCGGACCAAACAGCCACCGGGAACCGGGCCGAGCCCCCUGGCCCCGACAGCCUCAGCAACGGCUUAACGGCAGGGGUGGAGCCCGAUGCAAAGACCGACCACGGCCAAUGAACUCUUUCCAGAGACGCUAACGGUGCGGAAUGGUGUUAGCUUGUGAAUAUUGACAAAUAAUUCCAAACUGACUUUUACUGACAAGUGCAUGAAACCCUGUGGCUCGCAUGCCAGCUAAUGUGCUGAGGUCUGAAAUGUGAAGUUGUCAAUCUGUUUACACUCUCUCUGUUUUUCAAGUAAAGCUAAGAUGACUUUUUAAAUAACGAAGAUAUUUUAUGCUUGAAAGAUUCUUGUCAUGCAUUAGCAAGGUUGCACGUUUCCGCCGACUACCUUUUUUUGCUCGUGUUUGCGCCACCUAGGAAACACCCUCAUGUUAGCUUACCUCGGCAUCAACGGCAACAGGAGCGUUCCAACCGGAAGUCCACAAUUGAGCAAUGCUCCGUUUGUGUCGUCACGUUCAAAUAAAACCGAGAUGUUUGCCUGCAUCACUUGGUGAUGACUUCCACCUUUGUCAUUGAUUUAGCUUAACAGUCCAUGUAUAAGCUAAGCUAUGUGAAUGGCGGAGAUGUUCAGAUGACAGCUUCCUGUUUGCUUUUGGGUGGGUGGGGCUUAGAAUAAUUAGUGUCCUUGUGUUUGUCGUGUUGAUCCAGACAGAAAAUGACAUCAUCAGACCUCAGUAAAGUUUCGUCACUCCAA